AUGCAGGGCCUUCGCAAACCUUGCAGUCCCAAGUAUAAAUAUCAUGCUCCUGACAACAGCAGCCUGUCUUUCGAGAGCUCCAAGAGCGAGGGUGAGGCUUCGGGCGACAGCAGCCUCCUCUCCGUAAACGGAGGAAUGAUCCAAUUUGGAUCCAUCUUCUCGCAUACCUCAAUGCCAGUAAGCUUCACCUCAGAUGCAAGCCGCGUUGAGAAUCACAGAGGAUCGGCCAACAUGGCCAAAACCAAGAUUCCUAAGCUUGCUAAGAAAGGAAAAGGUCAUCAGAUUGACCUCAUCAAAGAGGUGAGUUUGCAAGAUCAACGCAAUUGGCCUAGAUCUGUGCCGCGCUUCUCGGUUGUUUCUAAGCUGCCAGAUUUGAUCUCACGAUCCCCACUGUUUGCUCACACGGCCUGUCCUCACCACCUCAGAUUGCUGAUCAGAGCUCCAACAAGCCCAAGGAGAUGACGGUGAGUGCAAUCAACAAUUUGAUGUGCAUCUGUUUAGACUUACACAGGCCUUUCUCACCACCUCAGAUUGCCGAUGA